CCUCCCUCCAUCCUCUCUUUUUCCGUAUCAUUCUUGUAAAAAAAAACACUUCUGAUUAUUUUUUUUCUUUCUUCUUUCCAAUUGUCCAUCAUUCAUUCCUUUUUUUCCCUGUGCGUAUUUUUUUUUGUGGGUGUCUCUUUCUCGUUUUCUUUAUUUCUUUUAUAUUUUGGAUCUAACGCGGAUACAUACCUGUUAUAUCAAACCGUCUAUUAAUCGGCUCGGCAUUUUCCCCUUUGUUCAGGAGCUCGUUCGUUUCGAACAUACUCGCUUUAUUAAUAUAUAUAGAUCCGCGGCCUAUCUAUACAUAUUGAAAAAAUCCUCAUCUUGUCCAUUGCAUACUCAUUUCCAACUAUUACACUCAUCCGCACUCUCAUUGCCGCAUCAUAACAACAAUUUUUCAUCUCUUUUUUAUUUCCAAUUCACCAUGCCUGGAACCGAAACGCUUGAUUCUCCUACAUCAGAAAAGCGCCAUUUCUUUCGACACUAUCGUCACGCUAGGAGUAUGCCACGCUUUCACCAUCGAGAAGAUUCGGAAUCCUGUGCUGCCAGCUCGAAAGUAUGGUUGGAAACGGCUCUCGAAAAAGCCAAUACCGCGGUUCUUUUGGAUUCGGCUGGCCGGAUCGACAACGCAGUGACCGCUUACAACGAAGCCAUCGAUUUGUUGGAACGAGUGAUGGACAUGAACGAUCCGAAACAAGAUCAACGACGGUUAAAAAAGAUUGUAAAGUAUCCAUUUAUUUUCUUCAAACCUUGUUUCGUUUUUCUUUUUUCUUUUUCUUUACCCCAACUCCUGAUUUCUGGGAAAGAGUGGGGCGACGAGCGAUGAUUGGAUGACUUUUGUGAAGGGACCCACGGAUGGGGGGAGGGGAAAAAGAUUCCAGGGGAAAGAGAAAAAAAAAUCAAAAGUUAGGUUUCAUCCGUCAUUCGAAUCAGAAACCGACAGAAAACAGGGAGGAAGCCAAGUGACAUGGACAAAAAAAAAAACCAUCAAAAAAAGGAAAACAAAAAGGCUGGUCAAAAGGUUGAGGGAGAUGAUAUGGACAAGGAGCCAAGAAAGAAAGAAAGAAAAAAAAGAGGAGGAGAAAAAGAAGAAAGAUAAAAA